AUGGUUUUGCACGAUGCGUUUUUGCAGCGCCUGCCGGAGCUUGAGGACCUCCAAGCCUCGCCUGGCGGUGCUCCGGCCGCAGCGCCGUCGCCCUUCACCGCUUCCUUCGCCCUUUGCGGCCACCAGCGGCUCGGCCGCCGCGCGGCCGUCUCCUUUCGGCGCGCCCGCUCCUCAGAGUCCGCCGUUCGUGCCUCCCACCUUGGCGGCCGCGGCUUCUCUCUGAACGCGAGCUUGCGCACUGCCUGGGCCUUAGUGAGCGCCGCUCGCUUCCUCGAGGCCGGGGCCCCAGCAGGGCGAGCUCGAACGACGUCCCGCCGCCGCAGCGCCACUCCUACUGCGCGGCGAGCGCAGGGAAACGAGGAUGCUUUGUUGGACGGGGCCGCCGCGCCCUCCCAGCCCGCCGCGGUCACGCCGCCUCGCGUUCUGGCGCCGGAUGUGGGCGAGCAGGUGCUGGAUGAGGCUCAUCCGCGGUCAGAGCUUGAUGACUGCUGUGUCUGCCUUCAGCCCCUCCUCCCGAACAGUCUCGGUGCAUUGCGCCCCGUGCCUUUGCCAGUCUGCCCGCGGCAUGUCCUUCACCUGGGCUGUCUCGCGCAGUUGCGCGUUCAAGCGCGUCGUCCUCGUGAUGUUGCUUGCCCUCUGUGUCAUCACGGCGCGUGCCCCGUCUGCGCCGUGGACGGGUGGGCCCCGGAGCAUGACGACCAGCUGACGGCUUGGUGCCGCGAGGAGGCCCUUCACCCGCCGCCCCGUCUGCCGGACCAGCGCACUGCGCAAUCUAGCGUGCAGGACUACACCGUCCGCACCUUCACCGGCCAGGAUGCCCCAGAGCCGCCUGAACCGGUGCAUGUUGUAGUCAACUGCUGUCGCAGGUUGGCCGCCGUGCGGCCGGACCCUGGGCAAAGCGACGCGCAGUUCCUCGAGCUGGCGCACAGGGCCGCGGCUUGGUCGCCAAUCCCUCGGCGCCAUGAGCGCGGCAUAGCUGCUUGGCAGGGUGCCUGGGCAUGUCCGCGCUGCGCGCGCGUCACACACAGCGAAGAUGUGCAUGUGCCUGCGGAGUUCGGAGCAGCGUGCCCCGCGUGUGGCCGCAUGCGGCUCUGGGAACAUGACGCUGCUGCUGGCACCGGGCGCCUGACCUGUGGGUGUCCUCUUGCAAGCUCGGCGUCGCCUCCGCCUUUGGACAUGGGCUUGUCCAUGCUUUCCGACGUUGACAUGCCGCCGGUCCGGGCAUCCGACUCUGCACCUGGGGACCGUGAUGCAGGGGGGCCGCCGGAACGCGCACCCGGCCCUGCGGUGCCGGACGCUGGGCUUCCCAAUGAGGCCGGAGCCGCCUGGCUGCGAGCGGGCCCGCCUCAAGCGGGGUCCGCCGCCUUGCUCGCUGUACGGCUGCAGCAGGCCGUGUCCGUGCUGCCGUCGGGCGCCAUGGUCCACCUCCCUUGGGUCACGAAUGUGCUGGCCCUCCGUGACGGAUACAUACCUGCUCCUGGCCAGGAAGCGUGCCUUCAAGUGUUCGGCGGCCUGUCGCUUGCGUCCUCGCUAGACGGGCGCUCCGAGGCGUUUCGGCGUUUCCCGCCUGCUGCUGACGGCGCGUGCUUGACGACCGCCGCCCCUCGGCGCAGACGUCGUCGACGGCGUGCCUCGUCUGCCGAAGCCCGCGCUGGGCCCGGCCGGGCGGAUGGGGAUUCGGGUCGUCCGCACGGCGGCAGCAGCGACAUGGCGUCUGGCUCGCUGGACGAGGCCGGCGCCCCACCUGCGCUGCUGCCCGACGCUGCGUCCAGCAGAGUUGCGGCGGGCGCGCCGGCUGCUGGUCAGGGAAGCGCCCUCAGCAAAACCCGGCUCCGCAAGGCCUUGUGUUGCGACGCCACGCUCGUCAGCCUGCUGCUGGCGUGCAACAAGGAUGUGCUGAGCCCUGUCUUGGAGAAUGCCAGGGAGCACCGGAAGGAGAUGGACGAAAUACUGCAUGACUGGAAUCUGCGGAGCACGGUGACGAAGCUGCCCAACGCCGCCAGGUCGAAGGCCAAUGCCGCGAAGAUCAUCAUUUCAGACCCCAAGGUUGGCGCGACGAAGAAGUAUGGCUUGACGCCGCAAGGCUCCUUGGCGGCCAGCCGCACGGGCAAGGCCUUCCACAAGAAAGGCGCCAAGCGGAUCGUCGUGGUGAGCAGCGACUUCUCCCGCGCGAGGGAGACAGCCCAGCUUUUUGCCAAAGCUUUGCGAAAGGCAGGGCACAUAUGCCCUAUGCGCGUGGCAAAGGAGCUGAGGGAGAGGCGUUUUGGCAAGUUGGAGGGAGGCCCAGACUCCAGAUAUAAGGAGGUCUGGGUGAAAGAUGUGCGUGAUCCGAAAUCGCGGGCCUUCGGCGCAGAGAGCGCCGAGGCGGUUCAGCAACGCACCACAAGAUUGGUGGCCAGGCUUGACAAGGAGCUGCCGGAGGGAGCAGACGUGGUCUUGGUGUCCCAUGGCGACGCCUUGCAAAUCCUCCAGACCGCCUUCAAGGGCAUCAGCCCAGCAGAGCACCGCUCCUUGAAGCACCUGGACCGUGCAGAGCUACGCGAGCUGAGGUGA